CUUCACCUUGACCUUCGUAACUUUGUAUCUAUACCUCCUCUCCGACUGACGGUGUCUCCGGUGUGACGUCAUUCGCGGUUGUAGCUUCUAAUUGAUAAUAAUAAUAAUAAAAAUACUCACUAUGGAUUUACUCUGGAAUGCAUAUUCCACUACUGCGGACGAAGAAGAAGAAGAAGAAAAACAUGAACCUCCUCCUCCUCCGUCUCCGCCGCUCAAGCGGCCUAAAACUGAAUAUCCUCCGCGGCGUACAAAUACGUCUGCGUUUAGGCCCCACCAACCACAAGAGACUCCAAUUGCAGGCAGAUACAUUUCGAAGCGAGAACGGGCACUCAUGGCCUCCGCUCCCAAAUCAGAACCCCCUCCUACUUUUUUACCACCAGCUUCCCCUGUUCAUGGAAGCAUCUCAGAUUCAUAUGUAAGGAAAGACAUUUUGUCAUUGUUGAGGAAUCGAACACAAGACUAUGCUAAUUCUGGCAGUACAUCUGAGAAGAUGUCCACGCCCCUUACUGGCCAUACAAAAGCUGUGAAUUCAAUACAAUGGUCACAAAUUCAUUCUCAUCUGCUUGCAUCUGCUAGUAUGGAUUCUAAAAUCAAUGUAUGGAAUGUGUGGAGUACAGAAGAGAAGAAAGCUCGGGUAUUCAACCUUCAUACUGCUGCAGUAAAAGACAUCCAAUGGUCAGAGCAAGGUCUUUCUUUACUCUCUUGUGGAUAUGAUUGCACAUCAAGAUUAAUUGAUGUUGAAAAAGGGCUUGAGACUCGUGUUUUUAAGGAAGAUCAGGUUGUUGGAGUUGCUAAAUUUCAUCCUAAUAACUCCAAUCUAUUUUUAUCUGGGGGAUCAAAAGGCCUCAUUCGGUUAUGGGAUAUUAGAACAGGAAGUUCAGUGAAUCAGUAUUUUCGAGGCCUUGGUCCGAUUCUGGAUUUGGAAUUUACGAGCAAUACAAGACAGUUCAUUUCUUCUAGUGAUGAAUCCAGAAGCAACAUCAGUGAGAACUCUAUUAUCGUAUGGGAUGUCUCACGAGAGGUUCCUUUAUCAAACCAGAUCUAUGUGGAAGCUUACACCUGUCCCUGUAUACGGCAUCAUCCAUACGAUCCAUAUUUUGUGGCGCAAUCAAAUGGAAAUUACAUAGCAAUUUUUUCUUCCAAACCUCCCUUUAGGCUCGAUAAGUACAAAAGAUAUGAAGACCAUGGUGUUUCCGGGUUUCCUAUCAAGUGUAAUUUCAGCCCGGAUGGAAAAAAGCUCGUCUCUGGCUCUUCAGAUGGAUGCAUUUACUUCUAUAACCUCAAAACGGGUGAUCUCAUUAAGAAACUUAAAGUUUAUGAACAAGCAUGCAUAGAUGUGGCAUUCCAUCCUGUCAUAUCAAAUGUAGUUGCUACAUGCAGCUGGAAUGGAGAAAUCACAGUUUUUGAGUGAUACCGACACAAGAUUAAUGUAUCAUGAUUGUUAACAGCAUUUAAAUCAUGAUUUGAUCGGGGGGUCUCGCUACAUAAAUGAAGUGUUGGUAUGUUUAUGCUUCUGAGUAUUCCAGAUCACAGAAUGUGGCAUUCAAGCCUGAUGCCCCCACUUGUAUUAUAACUAAUCAGGUGCAUUAUUCUUGAUUGUAACAAUGCUUGUGUCCGGGGCCUAUCUUAUAUAUUUCCCUCUGAAAAAUCAAAAACGUGGCUGAUUCUUUUGUCUUAA